AUGAGCCUAGUCGAUGAAGCAACCACUGUAAAGAAUAAGCUGGUUCCACCUGAUGUUCUUUUAAGAAUAUUCAAGUACUUGCCGGUACCAACACUCGCUAAUGUGGCACUGGUGUCAAGAAGGUUUAAAGUCUUGGUAUACGAUGAUGAAAUUUGGGAUGAAAAGUUACGCAUUAUGCUCAAGAAUGACACUGGCGCCCUUUCCAACAUACUAGAGACAAACGGUGCCAAGGAAAAUGGUUCGCUUAUAGACGUCAAAAAUACGAUAUACAUCAACAAUAAACCACUUAGUGCAUUGAUACCAGGCAUGUCCACCGAUCCUUUCCAGACUCGUGCAAGAGCCAAAUCGACUGGACUGUCUAAAGAGCGAUUUAAGGAGCUUUAUAGGCUACUCAUACCCUAUUAUGUGGAUCUAAGAGACCAUAACAAGGAAUCAAACAAAGUGUUGCAUGAUUUUGGAAACCAGCCAGAAGUAUGUGGACAGAUUAUCAACUUGCUUGUCGGGUUCGGUCAGUGUCAUGUAUUAGAUGAUUGGAAGCAGUUGAAUGAAGCUGUUGACGCAUUAUCACAAUAUUUCGAAAGUGCAGCACUCCAUGAAUUUGAAGCAGCCUAUGAUGCCCAUGACGCAGAUACCAUGAGGACCUUUGCAAAUGCAUUGAUCGCAUUGAAUGGUGGAUCGAUCUGUAUGCAGACCUAUAUACAAAAGCACUCAUUAUUCUAUGACAGCCCAUAUAAACCAGAAGACAAUUUUGUGGAAUCACCAAAUGAUUUAGAACCAUUCAAGAAACUGAUGUUGUACAUUACUGACGAACUCAAGCAGCAAUCAAGGCUGAUUCAUGAUAUAUUCCCUGAAAAGAUGGACAUGUUUUACAUGUUUACAGAUAGAGUGUUUGAGGAUGUGGUCGCGGAAUUUGUUGCUCAUUUACUAGGAAAUGCGAUACAAGCAAGCACACAAAUUUACUUGAAGACCAUGUCCGUCGUCCUGAACUCGACAAGAAAAGUCAUUGAUGUGCUGACAAAUGAUGAAGAUAUCCCUCAAAAGAUUGAAAAGGAGCGGGGAGUGAACUUAUUGUUUAAAUUGUUUUUACCAUUUUUGGAUGAUUAUCUUUAUGAGGAAAGUCAGUUUACGGAAAAAGUCACCAGAAAAUACAUUGAAGACUGGAAUAAUAGAACAUCUAGAUUUGUUGACGCUUCUGCGCGACUCACGAAUCAGUCACGUGAAACAUUCAAGAGAAACUAUCUAACUGCGUUCAAGAAAGUGAUCACGCUGCCUGUUGACUUUGUUUCCUCAGCAGCUACAACCAUCGUAUCCCCUUUUCAAAAGUCAUCCACCAAUAAACGAUCCUCUACAACCUCUGCUGAAUCUAUAACGCCAUCCAUAAGUUCAAGUAUUUCUGAAAACAAGGAAGCAACGAUUCAAUUAGAGUUUGCAAGACAGGAGUUAGAUUCACUUCAGGAUUACAUAUCACUAGAAAUAGCAUUACAGCUGAUUCACAUCAAUAAAGAAUCAGAAAGACGAGUAGAGCAAUUUAUAGAUAUUGGAUUUCCAGGGCGAAUGAAGAGUGAUAUCCAAAAAACGUUUGAACAAAUAUUUAUUCAAUUGUUGAAGAUACUCGGUACGACUCACAUACAACCUGGAUUCGAGAGUGCCAUUGCACGUUUAUCUGUGUAUAAACCUAAUCCUUACAAUCUAAGCGAAGAUGUUCCACCGUUGACCGAGUUUUUUGAGCUUGUUCAUGUGGCGGAUGUCAUUCAGCAGAUGAUUCAGUUAUAUUAUGAUGAAGAAAUUACCAAGCAUAUCGAUAAACUGGAUUUUAUGAAUGAUGUGAACAAGGAAAAGAAAGCAUUCGAAAGGCUGUUGGAUGAUUGUGUAGCACAAGGCAUGGACCGUGGUAUUCAAGUGCUCUUAUCUCAAGUCGAAUUGAUCCUUACUCAUGAACAAAAGAAAGAAGACUAUAACCCGCCACCCAACGUUAUGCCUGACUUAAGACCAACAAAGGCAUGCCAAGAUACUAUCCUGUGUCUAAAAACUAAUACAUCUACGCUAAUGGGAGCAGCAGAAAAAGGGACAAUGGACUUGUUCUUUAAUGAAAUAUGCAGGCGAUUCUUUGAAAUCCUUUGUAAGCACCUCAAAUCUCAAACAGUCAAUGAACAAGGAGGAUUUAGAUACAUCAGUGAUAUGAAUGCCUACUAUGAUUUCAUACUCUCACUCCGACAAAAGGAAAUUACGACAUACUUUUUAGCAUUGAAAUCCUUAGCAAAUCUGUACAUUAUAGAGUCAGCAUCCGAUAUUAAAUCACUUAUACACGACUUAGAAAGAUAUCAUGGUUUGAUGAGAGUAGAAGAUUUAUUUGAAUUUGCUGCUUGUAGAAGUGAUUGGCCAAUGAUCAAAAGAACUGUUCAAAAAGAUAUGACAGAUUGUUCGAUUAUGUAA